AUUGUGCAAACAUUUCCUCGGUGCGAUUUGGAAAAACUAUCAGAUGAUGAAUGUUGGCUCAUAUUAAGGAAUAAAGCAUUUCUAGAUGAUAGUGCUCCUUUAACUGAAGAUCAAGAGAGAAUGGCAAGGGAGAUCGCCAAAAAAUGUGCAGGUGUUCCAUUAGUGGCAAAGGUUUUAGGAAAUAUGAUGCGAUGCAAAAAGAGUGAUGGAUGGCAUUCAAUUCUAAACAACAGAAUGUGGGAUUUACAAGAAGGAGAUUAUAGAAUUUUGUCGGUUUUGAAGUUGAGUUUUGAUGAAUUGAAAAUUCCAUCUUUAAAACGGUGUUUUGCAUAUUGCUCAAUGUUCACCAAAGAUUUCAAAAUUGAAAAGGAUGAUUUGAUCCAAGUAUGGAUGGCUCAUGGGUUACUUCAGUGCCCUUCUCCCAACCAAAGUAAUCUAGAGAUGGAGGAUAUUGGAAAUGAAUAUUUUAAUAUUCUCUUGGAGAGCUCUUUUUUUCAAGAUGUUACAGUGGAUACGUAUACUGCUACUACUAUUACUCAUUGCAAGAUGCACGAUCUUGUGCAUGAUCUUGCAGAAUAUGUAUCAAAAUCAAAGAGCAAAGAAUCCAAUGAGUUUCGACAUGUGGCGCAAAUUUCUACCUCAAUGUUACAAGGAAUAUCAAAAGGAGGUGUACAUAAAUUGCGCUCAAUUUUUUGGAAUGGUGAAGUUCAUUGUGACAUCUUAUCAAGAUUUAAAGGCUUACGUGUGUUAAAAUUAUGCGAGGCUUUUAUCAAGGAGUUACCAAUUUCAAUUGGGGAGUUGAAACACUUGAGGUAUCUAGAUGUUUCGAGAACAAGGAUGAGGACGCUCCCCCAAUGUAUUGGCAAGCUUUAUAAUCUACAGACAUUGAGGAUGUUCAGACUCAAAGUUAAGUUCCCAAAGGAGCUGCUUAAAUUGAUAAAUCUGAGACAUUUUUAUUUUGAUCGAGAUGAUGAGAUAUAUCCAGUUGGGGUUGGGCAAUUGACUAAUCUCCGAUCAUUAUCUUUUUUCAUUGUGGGUAAGGAGAGAGGUCGUGGAAUAGAGGAACUGGCUGGCUUAAAGCAAUUGAAAGGCCGAUUAUCCAUUCAUAAUCUCGAGCUUGUGAGAGAUGGAGAAGAAGCAAGGAAGGCAAAAUUAGUGGACAAGACAGGCAUUCGCAGAUUAGUCUUUGUAUGGGACAGGUCACGGAUCAAUAUUAACGACCUCGAUGUACUAGAAGGCCUUCAACCACCGAAUACUAAACUGGAAUUUUUAGAGAUUCGCAACUUCAUGGGUGACAAAUUUGCAUCGUGGAUGAUGGGAAGUCCCUUUCCUUCAUUAAAAAUAUUAGCUAUCAUUGGUGCCAACGAUCUAAUUGAAUGGAUGGAAGCACCAGAAAACAUUGUGCUCUUUCCAUGCCUCGAGGAGCUGCGUCUGCACAAUUGCAAUCAAUUGAGAAGUGCUCCUAGUCAUUUUCCAUCUCUUAAAAGGUUAGUCAUAUAUUCUAUGGCUAGCGGCAUGCCAAUAUCCAAUAUAAGCAGCAACCUGACCACUCUGACCUCUUUGGAAAUAAAGAAUAUAAAGGGACUUGAUUAUCUGCCAGAAGGGAUGUUAAAAAACAACAAGAAUCUUGCAUGUUUGAAGAUUUACAAUUGUUGGGACAUGAGUUCUGUUACCAUGGAUGAUGUAUUUGGGUGCUGCACUUCUCUUAAGUCCGUGAUUAUUUUUGACUGUCAUAAACUUAGGUGUCUGCCGGAUGGGUUGCAAACUCUUGUUUCUCUUGAGACGUUGUAUGUGCGGGGUUGCAGUAGUCUAGAGCUCAUUCCAGAUAUGCACAGUUUGGCUUCUCUCUGUGAAUUAUCCAUUGAUGGCUGUCCUCAGUUAUCCAGUCUACCUAAUGGACUUGAAUACUGCACUUCUCUUCAAAUGUUGAAAAUAAGAGACUGCUCCAAAAUAACAUCCAUUCCAAUCACACAGGGCCUCGCUUCUCUCUGUAUAUUAGAUAUUCACAAUUGCCCUGAAUUAUCAAGCUUGCCGAGUGGGUUAGAACAUUGUACCUCUCUUCAGGACUUGACUAUAUCUUCUUGCAAAAAGCUAACAUCUACUGGGAUUCACAGCCUCCCACCCUCCCUCCACUCUCUGGCGAUAUAUGACUGCACAAGUCUAGAGUUCAUUCUAACUUUACAGGGCUGCCGGUCCCUCCGAAAAUUAGAAAUUGGUGGUUGUGAUGGAGGGACAAGCCAACUGGUAACUGAGCUGGAAUACUGUACCUCUCUUCAUUCACUGUCUAUCAGAGGUUGUGAAAGUCUGGCCCAUUUUCCAGAUGGGCUACAACUGUCUUCUUCUCUUGAGAUACUCAGUAUAAACAGGUGCCCAAAUCUAGAAACUAUUCCAAGUUUAGAAAACCUCACCUGCUUGAAGAAAUUCGAAAUUGGUGGAUUUUGGAAGGAGCUCGAUUCAUUCCCUUCUUUUCAGGUUCUGCCACAACUUGAAAGGUUAAGCUUGUGGGGUUGGCGUAAGCUCAAGUCUCUGCCUGAACAAGUUCAACACUUCACUUCUCUAGCACAUUUGGAUAUAUUCGAGUUUGAAGGAAUGGAGGCUCUUCCAGAGUGGUUGGGGAACCUUGCAUCUCUUGUGUCCCUACAUAUAUGGGAGUGCAGGAAUCUGAUGUAUCUACCUACGGUUGAAGCUAUGAAAUGCCUCACCAAAUUAGAACACAUAUCAUUUUCUGAUUGUCCUCUUCUAAAAGAGAAGUGCAAAAAGGAGAGCGGCCCAGAAUGGUCCAAAAUUUCACAUAUUCCAGAGAUUGAAGUUGACGGGAUCCGACUUCAGAAUCUUCCAAUAUCUCUAAAUGAGUACUAAUUGUUACAUUAUUCAACUUAAGUCAGUCACUCUUCUAAAGGUACUGGUCGGGUAAAGAUAUCUCUGGAGAAGGAUUCUCGAACCUUAGCACAGCCCCCUAAGGGAUUGGCACUUUGGACGUGUAGUCGGGCUCUUACUUGUUGAUGUGCUACAAGAAAAGGAUAAAGCUAGUUCUGAAAUGUGCCUUUGUGGGGCCUUAGGUGUAGGCCUUGAGGCUCGCAAUAAAAAAUAACUAAGUGCUAGGUGUGCCACUGCUAUCUCAGUACAACAGAUGUAGAACAAGUGUGUUUUUAGUCGAUUAUUUGU